AUGUGUGGAGCGAAUCGAGAUCUUUUUCAGUUCUGUCAUAAACAUGACAAGCGAAUCGAGAUCAGGUAUUUUAAAGACGGCAAAAGCAGUAUCGCUGGUGUGUAUCUUGAUGAUGAAUGUUUUGGUUCUGGUCGUGCUGAGAAUAAAGAUAUAGCAAAGCUGAUUGCUGUUAAGGAAGCAUUAAGAAAGUUGGCUGAAGUUAUGCCCAUUGAUAUGGUAAUUGAUGAGGAUAGUGUUGAGAUUUACCUUGAAGAUGCCAAAAGGAAGUUGUUUGAGAUUUGCUCCAAACAAAAAUGGCCCAAACCUAUUUACAGUGUUGAGGAAGAAGGAGGGCCGGUAAAUAGGAAAGGAUUUGUUUGUUCAGUUUAA